UUCAUUUCCCUUUUAGGCCUGGGCCUCUGAAGAGAGGCCUCAAUGUCCAGAGCUCAGAUGGCCACCUAAAUAAGAGAUUCCACCCCUACACACGUGGCAUCCCUAUGUCUGGUCGCAGUCACAAUGCCAUUCCCAGCGACUACAGCUCGACUGGAGGGGUGUCUCAGCUCCGUAAGAGAAGAGGUUCCGGUGCCUCAUCCUUCUCCAUCCCCACCUCGUGCUACAUGAAGACAAUAGAGAGGCCAGCAAAGAAAAUGAGAGAAGAGGAGCUUCCUCCUAACUCUGGCUCCUCAGCUCCCUUGGGAAGUGACACGCAGUCCCAGGGAGAACAGGCUACAACCACAUCUGGGAAGGCCAACUCCAGGGAUUCUCCACCCAGCAGCACCCGGCCACGCAAACGCAAAUUCCAACUGGUGCCCUCCAGGCGAGGGAUCCCGCUUAUCUUGCCUGAAACACCCAUCCUCGGCUAUCCCAUCACAGUCGAGGAUUAUGAGCAAGUUCAGACCGACUGGGUGAAGACCAUCUUCGAGGAUAAGACUGGUGAGGAAUACGGGUUAAUUUCACACCCCAGAGAUGGUUCCCUUUGGUUUUAUUUUGGUCUUUCUCCUCUGAGAAAUCCAGCUCUUGGGUUCUCAGUGGACUCCGAGCACAGUGAGCACUGACGUUGAGAUGAAGCAUUUCUACACGAGUUCCCCUGAGUCCCUGAGCCUCCCCGUGCCCUGCGAGGCCCCUGGAAAAAAUUCUCCCACCAGGGAGGACAAGCCUUUCUUUCUUUCUUCCUUGGAAACUGCCCCAAACUCUGAGAGUGCGAACCCUCCUGGCCCUCCAC